UGAGAGAGAGAGAGAGUGAGAGCUGUUACGGUGUAAAUGACGUCACAGGCCAGUAAGAGUCGUGUACAUCCAACGAAGCAUUAGUAUUAAUCUCGAAACUCUGCCAGCCAAAAGCCAACAAGGCGAGUAAUAAUAAUAAUAAUAAUAAUCACCGUAAUAAUAGUAAUAAAAAAAAAUAUAUACAAUUUUUUAAAGAAGUCAACGAAGAUGGAAAAUUCCGCCAUGUAGCUGUUUGCUGUGUUUUUUUUUUGCGAAUGUGUGAGCGUGUGUGUGAGUAACGUGACUCUUUCUCUUUCUUCCUUCCUCUCUCUCUCUGUCUCUGUCUCUCUCUCCUUCUGUCUCUCUCUCUCUCCUUCUGUCUAUCUAUCUGUCUGUCCUGUCUCCAUCUAUCUAUCUGUCUAUCUAAUCUCACGUAGUUUGUGGCUGAAAAUAAUGCCUAAAUGGAGGAAUGGCGACCUAUCCCUACCAGCAGGAUGGGAGGAAGGAACCGAUUACGAUGGAAAGGUAUUCUACAUUGACCACAAUUCAAAGAAAACGACAUGGAUUGACCCGCGCGACAGGGAGACUAAGCCUCAGACAUUUGCAGACUGUAUUGGCAAUGAAUUACCUUAUGGCUGGGAGCAGUCUUUUGAUUCUAACAUUGGCAUUUAUUACAUCAAUCACGUGACCGAGACAAACCAGUUGGAAGAUCCAAGAGUACAAUGGAGGGAAAAGCAGCAAGAAAUGUUAAAAGAAUACAUAAUUACAGCUCAAGAGGAUUUAGAAGCAACCAGAGAAAUUUUCUCCGUGAAAGAACAACGGUUGCAACUUGCUCAAGAAGACUACAAACAUUACAAUGAAGCUUUGGGUGGAUGGAAAUCUUCACAUACCAGUUUGAAUUCCAACUCGAGCGUAGGAAGCACCAAAUACGACCCAGAUUUGCUGAAAGCUGAUGUUUCUCAUGCAAAACAGAGAGUUGCAAGGCUUAAGCAAGAACUGGAACAAGUUCGAGCCCGGGUGCAUUACAAAGAGCAAGGUGUAGAGACUCUGGCUGCUGUUGAUCAGAAAUUAUCGCGAAUGGAUGGUGGCUUUACAAUAGAUGAAGCUCAAGCUAUAAUGAAUGAAAUAAAACAGACGAAAAAAUGCUUGAAUACAGAAGAAAAACAGAAACAAGAACUUAUGAGGUCACUUGCCAGGUUGAAAGAUGAUUUAACACUCAGUCGGAAUAAUGGGUCUUCUCCAGAUUUAUCAACACUUUCUAUACCUCAAGAGAAAGCCAGUACUGCAUCUCAGACAGAUAUAAGUUGGGAACUCGGUUUGUCAACAGACAACAAACUUGCAGAGCAAACUCAGAUACAACUUCAGUUUGAUGAAUUAAAGAAGAAUUUUUCCAAUUUAAAGAUGCAAUUAGUAAAAGCUCAGUCUCAGCUGGUGCCUGGACAAAAGGAAUCUGAUAAAGAUAGGUUAUUGCUAUUAAAAGAAAAAGAGCAACUACUUCGAGAGUUAAAGAGUAUAGAUGACAAAGGGCGUAGUGAACACGAAUUAACAUCAAUCAAAUCAAGAAUUACACAAUUGGAAAGAGAUAUUUGUCUUGCAGUUGGAAGUUCUGAUAAAUCGAUCAGUGACAGAUUGAAGCUUGAAGAUCAGAAAGCAAAGAUUAUCCAACAGUUGCGGAAUACCUCAAAAUUUAUGACUGUUUUAGAGUCACAACUGAAAAGCACUUCAACAAGUCAGCUGUCAAUCUCAUCUGGCUCAAGUUUGGGUUCACUUGGUUCCUUAGGGUCUCUAUCUGCCAGUAGUCAUGGAUCUUUAGCAUCAACCAGUAUGACAGACAUUUAUAUUCAACCUCAACUGAGCAAUGAAAGUUUGCAGGAUCUUCAUCGCUGUGUUGGUCAAAGAUUGAGAGGUCACAGUAUUUCACCUGGUCUUCUAGAUAAAGAUCUAAAUAUAGCUACUGCAGCUAUUGGAGGGGCUUCCAACUCUGACACAACCUUAUCCUCCCAACCAGUUGCAAGUGGGGUUAACUAUGGGGCAUGCUCUUCUUCUUCUCAUCCAUUCCCAUCACGGAAAGUUGGAACCGGUGGAAAUCAGACUGCCAUUGUUGGGAGUGAACCUUCAUCUUUGUCACCACAUUCAUCAUAUUCUUCAUUAUCUCCACCAACUUCACCCUACGAUAUUGGUCCACCACCUUCUUAUGAAGAGCACAUGAAUGCUGUGGAACGCCAGAAACGUGUGGCCGGUGCUACCUCGUCCCUUGCCAUGGGAGGAGCAGCUGACCCAGUAACAAAGACUGUUCAACUAAAUGAAAGUGCUAACUUUUUACCGCUGCUGGUGAAUAACACAAGUGUCACAACCCAAACUGCAUCACCUUAUCAACUCCCUCCACACAUGCUACAUUCUGUGGACUCAGAUUGUGUAACCAACACAUUACAAGGAAGUACCAUCUGCAAACAAGUAGCUACGCACCCUUCUGUUGUAAUGGCAGGAACCACACAAUCAGCAUAUGUAGAUAAUACAGACAUUGCAUCUAACCCACCUUUAAGCCCUAUUAGUGAAACCAGCUCGGGUGUCUGUAACAAUCUUUCUGGUGUAAAUACAAGCAGUGUUUCUGCAGCAGUCAGUGAUGAGUCUGUUACUGGAGAUAGUGGUGUCUUUGAAGCUUCAGUAAAACGAACUGGCUACCUGGAUGAGGUUCUACAAAUGGAAAGUGCACAAAUCCAAAUUACUCUCAAAUACGAUACAUUUGAUGGAAAUCUCCAUGUAGAAGUUGAUCAGGCUCGGAAUUUGGGAGCACUUCCGCUUCCAGAGAAAACGAAAAUAGGUAUCAAAAUUGCUCUACUACCAUUUAUGCCAGUGUGUUGGGAAACAAAACCUUCAGCAGAUAUGAAAAAUCCAAAAUUUGCCGAAAGUUUCAAAGUUGCCAUUCCUAAAAAUUUACUACAUGCUCAAACAUUACAGGUUAAUGUUUGGAGCAUUCCUGAUGGUAAAGAACUAGAAUGUUUGGGAUGUGCUCACAUUAGUCUUGCUGACUUCAAUUAUCAGGAAGUAUGUGUACGUUGGUAUAAUGUUCUAAGCUUCAAAUUCAUGCAGUCCGAUAACAUGAAACAAACUGUACGAAAAGAUCCUGUUUCAAAUAUUGAUUAUACUCACUUACUAAAUGCCGUAAAAGACAGAAUAGGACGAAUGUCCGUACAGCUUUCAUCUGACAUGAGGAAAAACUUCCCCUGUGAUGAGCAUUCUGUCUCUGAAAAUACCAAAGAGGGCAAAAAUGUUGUUACAUUUGGGAAAGAAGAAAGUAGUGAUGAAUCAACAAUUAUCUCAUCUCAAACCUCCACUCUUACACGUAACCAAGGCCCAGAAGCAAUGCACAGUCAUGAAGAUGAUGUUCAUGAAGAGGAAGAUGAUAAAGACACAGAUUCAGUUGAUCUUGUGGAUUCAACUAAAGAACAGGACCCAUCUAUAGGCUGGACGUCGUUGGAUAACUACGAAUCGGUUGAUACUGGUGAUGAAAUCAAAACUUGUGAAAAGGGAACAAACACAGAUGGUGAUUUUGUGUACAAAGCAAAGAAACGUCCCACAGAAACUGUUCGAAAGAGUACAAUAAGACGUUCUCAGACAUUUUCACCAGCAGACAGACAGGGCAGUGCAUAUGUUUGUAAAUUAAACCGCAGUGAUAGUGACAGCUCUAUGCCUCUAUAUAAACGUGGGCCAUUCCAAAGAAACUCUACAGUGCGGCAAAGUUUAAGGUGGAAAAGGCUGCCAGGUGCAGCUGGUUCAUCUCUUAGAAAAAUGCCAAUACGCACGUCUGUUGACUUGGAGCUGGAUCUUCAAGCCUCCCAAAGACGUCUUAAUCAUUUAAGAGAUGAUGUUUACAGAUUAAAAGAACUCAAAAAAGGGAUGGAAGAAGCAAAAGCAAGAGGAGCAAAUGAACUACCAAGUUGGCUUACAGAUGAUGAAAAUUUCCAAAGGCUUUUAUCUGAAGCUGAUAAACUAAGUAUAGUUUCGAGUGGAAAGUCUGCUCACAAAAGUGAAAAUGAUCCCGACAACUCAAAGCAAAAUAAACGUGCUGAACAAAUUAUGAAAAAAGUUACUAGAGAUGUUGAAAAGAUUCAAAAGAAUUAUUUCCCGAAUGCUUUCAGAGAGAAGAUGGUGUUUUUUACAAUUGAUAACACUACAGUUCCUGUCGUUCCAAGUGAAACUAGUGCAGAUGAAAGGUUUGAAGAAUUUCUAAAUGAUGACCGUACAGGGGAAGAAGUAUAAAGAAUAUUUGCAGGAAGUCUCUGUGUGUUUCUGAAGGACAGUGUUUAUCAAAAAAGCUGUUUAUAUACACAAACAUGAACCCACCAUAAUUACUGCUACCACCACUUUCAAGAAGGCAAUUGCAAUGCAGGAAAUAAUCAUAUACAUAUAUAUAUAUAUGUAUGUGUGUAUGUAUAUAUAUAUAUAUAUAUAUAUAUAUAUAUAUAUAUAUAUAUAUAUAAAAUAUUUGCUUCAUCAUUAAAUUUACUAAAAUAUUCAGAUCAAAAAACUCUCUAAUUAUCUUUAGUUUUUUUUUUUUUUUACAAAAAAAUUAUAAAAUGAAAGAAAAAAAUUCACUUGUUUUUACUUGUGGAAUUUAUCCAAAGUGGUGGUUGCAAACAGAUUAAAUUACAGUAUGAAUGAAUUGUAAUUUAAGCAACAAAAAGGCAGUGCAAAUUUUGGGCCUUUCUAAUCCUUUUUUGUGUAAAUUAUAUUGUCUAGCUGUCUUUCUGUUCUCAAUCCCACCUUUAAAUGCUGACAAGCUGUGAUUGAUAAGUCAGAUAUCUUUUUGGAGAAUUUAGAAACUCUUAUCAAAGAGCAAGCUAGAUAACUACCAUCUUCAUCUUAUUCCCUCUCCCUCACACCCAAGAAACAACAACAGAUUAUGAUCUAUGUAAUUAUACAAUCUGUGGAUUUUUUUUUUUUUGGUCAUGCUAUGAAAUACUUGUUUACAUAUUCAAAAGUAUUGUUGCCCCCCCCCCCACUUUUUUUUUUUUUGCGUUCAAUUACAAAGAAUGUGUUACAACUAGUACUUCUAAGUUUUUGGUCCACUCCUUAAGAAUUUCAAAGAUAUUUUAUGUAGAUGUAUUUGUUACAGUGUUUAUAAAGAAAAUACAUGAUUUUGUAGAUAAAUAUUUAUAAAGCUAAUUUUUUUUUUUCCUUUUGAUAUGUGUACAGUAUAUUUUUUAAAGAACUUUUCUUGUAACCUUUGUCUUUACUAGCCAUUUCAAGGCAUGUUAUACCAUAAAUGACAAAAAAAAAAGGAAAAAAGAAAAGAAAAGAAAGAAGAAAUUUUUUAAAAUGAGGAAAUUUUUUAAAAUGUGACUGCUUUAGUUAGAAAUCAGGAAAGGAAAAAAAACUUAGGAAAAUUAAUAGCUAUAUUUCUCUGUAAUUUAAAUAUGCUAUUUCCAUGUAAGAAUGUGUGUGUGUGUAUAUGUAUAUAUAUGUAUAUGUGU